GAUAAUACUGGUGUGUGUGGGGGGCGUGAAGCAAAACACUGCGUUCUGUGUCGUAACGUUGGUAAAUAGUGAAAUACGUAGUUAUUUACUGGCCUAAAACAUGGAUGAUUCUAAAGAAACGAAAAGCUUAAGCUUAACGUUCUCUGGUUGUGGAUUUUUGGGAAUUUAUCAUGUCGGAGUAGCGAGUGCCUUGAAGGACAGGGCGCCGAAACUUCUUGAAAAAAUCGAGAACUUUGGGGGAGCAAGUGCUGGCGCCUUGGCCGCCGGUUCGCUUCUCUGCGGUAUCAGUCUAUCAGAAUCGCUACAGUUUACUCUACGACUGGCAGAACAUGCUAGGAGAUUCUCGAUAGGCCCCUUUCACCCUAGAUUCCAGCUCACAAAUACGAUCCGAAAGGUUUUUAACAGAAUGAUACCAGUUGAUGCUUACAAACGGUGCUCGGGGAAGCUUCAUAUAUCGCUUACACGUUGUAGUGACUGGCAGAAUGUUGUGGUUUCUGAAUUUCGUUCCAACGACGACCUUGUUGAUGCUUUAGUUGCUUCUGCCCAUGUUCCUAUCUACUCCGGUGUAAUGCCUCCCAUGUUUCGUGGUGAGUACUAUGUGGAUGGAGGCAUUUCAAAUAAUUUACCUCAGCACUUCGAUGGAGAAACGAUAACAGUGACACCGUGGAGCGGCGAGAGCGAUAUUUGUCCAGAAGAUGAUUCAAAUAGCUUCAAUCACAUCAUGUUUACCAACACCAGCAUCCGUUUCAGCGCUCAGAAUUUUUACCGCAUCUGUCGAGCUUUUUUUCCUCCCGAUGUCCACGUUCUCAGCAAAAUGUGCAAACAGGGAUACACUGAUACCAUUAAGUACCUGAAAGCUCACUAUCCAGAAUAUUUAAUUGAACGAGCACCCAGAGGUAGAAAAGUUUCUUGCUGCUGCAAUGUAUCAGGCGCAGAAUCGUCAAAACCGAAGGCAAAAUCAAAAUCCAUUAGGACGACAUCAAAACAUACGUCGGAGAAGGCGACAGUCGAGGUUUCAAAGGAUAUCCUGGAAAAAUGUGGUGAAUGCAACUUGCAUUGUCUUCUUGAGAUUGCGAAGGUGGAUGUCUUGCUUGCAGAGAAAGAAUUAUCAAAUUUUGUUACGAAGAUGAUAUACACUAUUGUCAUAAAGCCGUGUGUUCUAACAGUAUCGAAGAUAACUCAAAUAGCUGAAAGCGUUAUCUUGAAGUUACCAAAGAUUUCCACUGGAGUUAACUUCCUUGAUCUGUUGCUGCAUACAAUUAACGAUGCUAUUCUGCACUAUAAAAUCUAUAACCACACGUGUGAUGACAGCUGCUCGCAUAAGACUCAAGUGUACCGAACAAGUAUUGCAGAGGUUGGUUAUGGAACCUACCAGGAGGAUGACAUGUGCUCGGAGGAUUAUGAGACAGAAUAUGAGACUGCGUGUAGUGAAUCCUCAUAUGUCACGUGUUGGUCAGUUAGUGCGGACUCUGAUCUGGAUGAGACAUUAAGUUCAUCAGGCAGUGAUACUGUCGUUGGCGAGAUUUUCUCUCCUGAAGAAGUGCAAUUUGACCUGACUGAUCGGCAACUGCAAACAGAAUAUGCACUGAGCGGUAAAGCAAGGUGGAAUGUUAAUGCUGGGAUUUUGAUACAGAACUUUAAUAGAGGUUGAUUCAGGCUGAAGAUAAUGAGAAGCUCGAUAUGCGGCAUUCCAUGAGGCGUCAGAUACUAGUCAGAAAUAAACUAUCGAGGUAAACCAAUAAUAUAAUAAUAUCAGAAGUUGAAUAACCGAUUGUAACAUAGUGUUUAUAGAUCUAUACAUAGUAUAUAUUUAUAGGCCUACAGUUAUUGGUGUCACGCGAACUGUUGUAGUGACCCGGCCAUGUAGCUGUAAAUGGCGAAAUUAUUAAUAUAAUAUAUUACAUACUUUAUAUAAAUAUAUUCUAUAUACUUUAUAUAAUGCACCAUAUAUACCAUAUGACAAAUAUAAUUCUUUCCGGUGACAUGCAUAGGCUAUUGAUAAGCUGGGGUGGACUUAUUCAUAUAUAUUCAUGUUCAAUGACCGUAAAAACAAUCAUAUAAAAUUGAAUUAUAUACUGAAUUAUAUAAAACAUGAAUAUGUGCAUGGAUAUGCCCUCGUCCCGCUGGAUGUGCCUGUGAAUACUGAAUUAUAUAAACUCUGAAUGCUAAACUAUAUAAACUCUGAAUAACAUAAGUACCUGGCAAGAAUGUCGGAUGCAUAAAAGUUGCUGUAUUGUUUAUAAAUAUAUUUGGAAAAAACUAGAUUUUUGCCCGAUAAAUUGUAUGAAGACUGUAAAAUGCAAUCAAAAAUUUAGUUUUUGUUUUUCAAAUAUAUUUUUUACCAGCACUUUAUGUACAUUACAGAUGAAUGAGUGAACUGGAACGAUAACUCGGUCACCAUCUUUGAAGUCAAUUCGGCACCAGUGCUAGUCCCUUUCUAUUGCUUUUUCUUCACGUUCGACGAAAAAAACAAUAGAAAGGGACUGGAACUGGUGCUUUCUUCAAAGAUGGCGGCCAAAUAUUCCAUGAAAUAAUUGUCAGUUAUCAUAAGUCCAGUAUUGAUAUAAGUGAGUUGAACAGAAAAUGUAUUGAACUUAUUAACGGCAUCAAAAUUUUUUUGAUUUUUACAUACCCUCACGUUAUUUCUCACUUUCGUGGGUAACACAGAGAAUCUCUACUGAUGCUAGAUUGCGAUUUCCAAUUCAAGUUUGCUAAGGAAUUAUGGGAAGUUUAUAAUUGUUAAAAAAAACGAGAGACGGAAUUCGUAAGAUUUUUAUGUUUUAUUUAGUUUACGCUUUUCUCACGAUCAUGCAACUAUACCCGACAUUUAACUUUUUUUCAAAAUCGCGAAAGAAAGACAUCGUAACUUAAUUCAUUUUGACCAGAUUUAUUCUGAAAAUUUAUUCAAUUGAUUUUCAAAAAUUUUCUUUUAUUUUGUUACAUGUUAAAACUCGUUUAAAGGAAAUUAAAAAUAGCCCAAAAAUGCCAGAUAUUCGUCAGUGCCGGUGAGAAAGGUUGAUUGUCGUGGUCGGAAAAACAAUCAUGCAUCUGUUUUAAAAUAUUUAAUUGUAAAUCUCAUCCCACCCAAAUAUUAACCCCCCAAUUAAAUCGAUAAGCAAACUUGUUCAUUGUAAAUACUAAAUACAAUACACCUAUCGCGAAACUUUUACCGCACGGGUUUUUCGCAAAUAUCAAACUAAAUUUCAGUAUAUAGACAUGUCACUUCUCGCGAGUAUAAACAUUUGUAAAACUAGUAUAAUGUUUCAUUAUUCAGUAAAUCUCGUCUAAAGACUAAACGUUAUACUUUAAAACUGGAAGUGCAUGCAGUGAAAAUACCCGCUUCCGCGUUGGUUUCGUGAUAAGGUUUAUUGUUUCUUGAUAUGAUCCUCUAAUGGCAAUAGAAUCAUAUUGUUGACUAUAGACAGUAUAGUUGAGUAUUGACUAUAUUGUUGAUUUAUAUAAAUUACCACGCUGCUAAAUCAAUAAGGGAAAAUUCAAAGAUAUAAGUGCCAGGCGAGGUUGCUUUUAAUAUCUCAGUUCGACUAGCCGAAGUUCAAGACGAAAUAUCAAGUAUAGUUUAAUUUGAGAAUUAAGACAAGUUAGUACUAGUCUAUCUAUACUAUAGACUAUAUACUGUCAAUUUACCACAAGACCACAAGACAAGGCGUUUAGCGCGUUUUGUUUACAUACGCAUUUUAGCUCUUUAUAUAUCCAAAUUUUGUGUUAUUAUAUAUCUCUGGAAUCUAUAUUAUCAUUCAUACCUCGGGCUCGGGACUUCGUGCACAGACAGAGUAGGCGGUAGGCCUAUUUUAAACUUUAUUUGUAUCAUCAAAACCCUGCAUGCAAGGCCAAGGUACAGGAUUUAAAGACCAAACCAACGGGGUCAGUUCAUUCAGUUUUUAAUGAAAACGGCUUUUAUGAAUGCAAUUUAGGAAAAAUGUUUAUACGCCAUGUAAACAAAAUCAGCGCAAACGGCGCGGACUGUGGUUAUAAUGUAAAACAGCAAAAUUUGAUGAAUCGAUUAUAACAAAGUAAUGGAUGAACUAAUAUGAUUAUAGAUGUAUAGAUUAUAGGAGAGUAUUUUUAUUCACCUUGAGCUCGAUUUUUGUCUGUAUAACGCCGACUAUAUAGUCCCCUCUUCCAGCCCCAUUAACAGCACAUAUAUAGCCCCGUACAGACGGGCAAGUUUUCCUUGACAAGUUUUCUUGACCAUGCAGUUCACUUGCUGCAUGGUGUGUAUGAAGUACAAGUUUUCCUUGCCAACAGCCAGGUUUUCAUUUGCCAUGCAAGUUUUACUAUAUUUGCUCAUGCAUGCGUAUACGCGAAAAAUUGGACAAAUUUUUCUUGACAAGUUUUACGAUAAUAUAUGUUGAGUAUAUUUUAUGACAAUACGGCCGUACACACGAGCAUUUUUCUUUGUUGAAAAGCUGGCAUGACUAGCUUUUGAAAAAGGUCCUUGUCAAGGAAAACUUGUCAAUUUUUUCGCAUAAACGCGAGCAAAUAUAACUUGUCAUGGAAAAUUUGCCUGCAUGUCUGUACGUACGGGGCUUUAUAUGUAUUGCUUUGAAGUAAGCCUUGUUGUAAAGACAAACGUAUAUAUUAUAGGGGUGGGAACCCGCAUAAUUGCAUGCUAUUGUGCUGAGUGGUUUGAGCUAAUUUUUUUAAUGGAGAAAUUAGCUUGCCGUCUUUUUGUCUAAAUGCAUUUCCCGUGACAACUUUCCCACGAAUUUGAUCCUUUACAUAAGCCGAUUUUCUUUGCCAAAAUUAUAUUUUAGAACAAACGAAUUAAAAGAAUAGAAUACAAUCUUUUAAAUACAAUUCCAUGACAAGUUUAUCACAAAAAUUUCCCCAUUCACACGGGAAAAAUUGAAAAUGAAAUGUAAUUUCGUAGUUAAUCUAAAGCAAUUAUAGUCAAAGUCUCGGUAUUGAAACGUCGAAUGGGAAACACUGCAGCGCAAUCCAUGACCAUGGACAUCUUAGACUGUCGGUGCUAUAAGAACCAGACUCAACGGACAGCCGUUUGUCUUGAAAAAAAAAACUAUUUAAUCAAUCGUGAUAUUACUGUAAAAUUUUUGAAAUUUGUAAAUAUUUUGUGAUUGGGAAGAAAUAAAG